UGAAAUGAACAGUAAUAAACUACAUGAGUAAUAACACUAAUAACAUUAAUUUUUGGACAAAUUUCUUAUGAAAUGUGCCUCCAAACUCCAUAGUGAAAUAGUCGAAAUAUAGUAAAACUGUUUGGUAGAUCAUUUCGAAAAGAGAAUAUUUCACUGUCCAUGGCCGCCUAGAUUCGACAGACCACAGACACAGACCACUCGGUGACAGUGACGUUGGCUGCCACACGACCGCUCGCGUGCGGAGAUUGGAGAUGCAAAACUAUUUAUAACAACUAUUAGGAGCAGUUCGAAGACACAUCACGAUGCAGGCGAAGAAAGAUGAUCACGCUUGCAGACACGCUUGCACGCGCCAGCCGGUGGAAGCAACACCAGCAGCUAAAAAGAAGCCGUGCGACGUGUGUCCGCCAUGCCAGGCGCCGUGCAACCCCGCAGCGCCGCCGACUCCCGCCGAGCGCGAGGCAGCAUCGCUGGCGGUGCGCCUGCAGCAGACGGAGGAGAGCUUCAAGUCCAAGAUCACUGAGUGCGCAGUGCUGCGUGCCGAGGUGGUGAAGCGGAAGGAGGAAGCGGAGCGCGAGCGGAACCUGCGGAGCGAGGCGGCGGCGCGCCUCAAGGAGCUCGAGGAGAAGUUCUCGCUGCUUGGGGCUCGGGCUAUUCACAUGCUGGGGGUCAAGGAGCAGGCGCUCGAGCAGGAGGUAGCAGUGACCACGCUGAAGCAGUGCUACCGCGAGGCGCGAGAAGAGAUCGAUGAACUGCGUAUGCUGCAGGCCGAACAGAACUUACAGGUCCAGGACUACCGCGCUAAGUACCAACGCGCACAGCAGACCAUCGAGGAGCAGAAGAGACAACUGUCGCUGCAGGACAUGGACAACCAGCGGAUCGCCGACCAGAUUAACCUCGAAAUCCAGCGGAUUAAGCUGAAAUUCCAAGAGAAGCUGUCGGAGCUCUCUCCCCUGCCCGCGGUGCUGAAGCACACGCAGCGGCGCCUGAUGGAGGCGCAGCAGAGCCAGGCCCUCGCCGAGCACAAGGCCGACAGCCUCGCCAGGGAGCUGGCCACCGCCAGGGAGAAGUUGCAUAUGCUCCUCCACACAAUCACGAAGCCGCCGCCCGAAAAGGGCCCCGAGAAGAACUACGACGAGAAGAUGGUCGCGCAGGCGCAGGCGCGCGCGGCCCAGCUGGCCGAGACCAACGCUACGCUCAAGCAGGAGAUCGAGCGGCUCAAGUUGAACGUGAUCCGCAUGGAGGAGACGGUGAUGCUGACGGACAAGCGGCUGCAGGAGAAGAUGCACGAGUGCGCGGCGCUCGGCGGCGAGCUGGAGCGCGCGCGCGACCACGCCACCAGGGAGGUCCUGCUGGCCAACCAGCGGGCGGACACGGCGCGCGCCUGCCUGGAGAGCACGGCCACGGAGAUGGAGCGCCGGCUGGCCGCCGCCAACCGGGCGCUCGCCACCGCCGAGCUGGACCGCGACGAGGCCCAGAAGCGCAUGCAGUGCCAGCUGGGUCGGCUGGAGGAGAGCCUGGAGCAGGCGGAGCUGCGCGCGCUGGCGCUGGCGGCGCAGGCGGCGGCGCUGCGGCGCGCGGCCGGCGACGGCGACGAGGGCGACGACCAGCCGCACUGCGCGUGCAAGAGCUUCUUCCAGGACGCGUGACGCUGCUGAUGGGGCUCAGGGCGUGGCGGCGGCGCUGCCGUGCAAGGUCGGCGACGUCCAGCCGCUGUGUGAGGGCUCCUUCCAAGAUCCGUGAUGACUUGAACACUUGGGGUGUUUGUGUUCAUGUACAAAGACAUU